CGCUGGUAGGGAAGAUUUUGUGCUACUUAUUGAAUAAAUUUAAAAAUCUCUAAAAGUGCCUACUUCAAUGUAAUAGUGAUUAAACACAAACAAUUUAUAGUGUUUCGUUGAGAGUUGUGUAAGAAUAUAACAAAAUCCAUUGGAAAACACCGAAAAGAAAUUGAUUUUGGAUUCCACCAUUGGAAUAUAACCAAAGACACUACGGAUAGAAAAGGGUGCACCACGACGCACUUCAGUACUGGAUAAUAAAAAUUAUCAUAGGGAAGAGUUACAUGGAAUGUAGCCUUUGGUCAAAAUGAAUGGAGAUGUCAAUGGCAUGGCUUCACCCGACCAAACUAAAGUUGUCUCCGAGAAUAAGGACAACAAGAAGGAUGAUGAGAAUUGCACUAACACAGAGAACUGUGAUGUCAUAAAAAGUGGUUCUAUCAAUGGGGCUGAAGAUAAUGGAGAGGAAGAUAUAGCAGAUCAGUAUGUCAGAGAACUAGUGGAUGAGAGUUCUAUUCAUGAUACAAAUAAACAAAGCUUAGAAACGCUAAUUGAAGAAUCUACAGAAAAUGUAACAAAAGGUUCCUGUGACAAUGGCAAUCAAUCUGACCCAGAGUCAACAAAUAGUUCUCAUACAAAUUGCAAGAUUUCAGAUUUACAAGAAACUGAUCAGAUAAAUGAUGAAAUUGAAGACGAAUGUUCUAUAAACAAAAAUGGAACUGUAAAUGAAAUUGAUCAGAAUUCCAUCAAUGAAGAUGAGACUGGGGAUGAUUCUAUGGCAGAAGAAGGCUCUGCUAAUUCUGCAGAAGCUAAAGCAGAGUAUACAGUCAGUAUCGAUUCUGAUUCAGACUCUGUUGGACAUGAUGAUGAUACUUCACAGGAAAGCCAAAGUAAUCAUAAAAUUAGUGAUACAAUUGUACUAGAUAGUGAGAAAAGGCCUAGUGGUAGUAUCACAGAGGUACAUGAAAUUGAUAGUGAUUAUGAAAAUGAUGAUUGUGUUAUAGCCAGUGAAGAGAUAGAUACUAAUAAACCAAAAGAGAAAGUACAACUCAGAAGGAGUAGCAGAGCUGUAAAACGAAAACGGUAUACAGAUGAUGCUGAAAAUGGAGAUGAGUCUGAUAUAGAAGAAGUGGAACCUGUUGACCCAUUAAUACGUAAAAGUAAACCAAUAGUUAUUAAUGAUACCAGGGCUUUAGUAGCAAUGGCAGCAAAACAGAUGAAAUAUGAUCAUAUUAACAUUAAGAAGAAAGAACCCACAGUAGUUAUUAUUGAUUCCAACACAUCAUUAAACAAGUUAAAUACAAUGCAUAGUAGUAAAAAUUCAGUAUCUUCUAAUAAUUCUAUAAAUCCUCAAAGUUUGUAUCAAAGUAUCAUUGCUAGAGGUACAACAGUAACUCCAGUUAGUAGUAAGAAUAAUAACACAUCCACAAUGAUAUCUCAAAAUUCCCAAAAUACUCAAAAUCCACAACCAGCAAUUUUACCCUCUUUGACUGAUGAUAUGUUUGUUGUGGAAGCUCCAUCUUUCAUAGUUCCUUACGUCUAUGAAAAACCUUCCGUAACAGCUUUUAGGGAAUUUGUUGAUAAAUUAGGCAAACAGCUUGAAGAAGAUAAAAUUAAAGAGGAAAUGAUAGAAAAAGCAAAACGAGAAAAGGAAAAGCAGGAUAAAAGAGAAAAGGGAGAAGAUAUUGAGUCUGAUAAUUCUGAAAAUAUUAACAGUCUUAACAAAUCAGAAGAAUGUGAUGAAGAAGAGACAAACAAAAAAAAGAAAUCUAAAAAAGAAAAAAGGAGAAAUGAAGAAGACGAUGCAUCUUGGGAUGGUGAAUCUGCCACAGAAUCGGAAGAUGAAGUUUUGAGUGAUGUUGAUGAUAAAAUUGUUGUGAAAGAUAAAGUUGAAGCUAUAGAUCAAAUUAAAGUUGUUGCAGAUCUCACUGUAGAUAAGAUUUGUUCGAGCAAAUCACAUGAAAAAAGUUCCAUGGAUUGUUCUCUGGGCAAAUUCUUUAUUAAUAUUGGUUUAAACCUUGUACAAGAAUAUGUUCAAAGUGACUUAUUGAAGCAGCAAAAUAGAAAACUUUAUAAAGAGAAAAAAUCUGGACAUAGUACAAAGGCUACAGAAUCUUCAAUAGCACAACUCAUGAAAAAUUUAGAAUUAAGUAAAGAAAAUAAUGCACCUUAUAAUUUUACUCAAAAGAAAUGUGAGUUCUGUACAUUUAAAACAGAAUCGAAGCUCAUAAUGUCGCAGCAUCUUGAGACGCCACAUAUGAAAAAUAAUGUUUAUAAAUGUAAUUUUUGCACAUUUGAAAUUCGUAGUCCUCAUGAAAUUUUGUAUCAUAUGGAAUCUGUUCAUAAUAUAAGAGGUAAAUUAGAGAAAGCUCCAUCGUUACAUCAGUGUACCAAUUGUCAAUUUGAAGACAACGGUAAAGGAAAAUUGGCGCGGCAUUUGAUUACUUGUGCUAAGAAAUUUAAACCUGAUUCAAAUCUUGCACCUCCUAUUGAUUGGGAGCCACCAGCAAAGAUACCAAAGUUAUCACGGCCGCGUAAUAAUGUAAUGAGUCCAUACCAAAACGCGUUCAAUCGUAGUCCAGUUCCCGCUGCUGUUAGGGCCCCUGUAAAUGUGGGCCCGCUAGCUGGUGGGAUUCCUGUAUACCGACCACGAGGGCGAUCUCCGAUAAGUGUACCUCAACGGCCACCUGUUCAUGGUGUGCCCAUAAUGCGUGGGCCUAGUAUGGUGCGCCAAAAUAACACAUCUACACUCAAUAUAGCGAAUAACUAUCAAAUUAACAACAACAAACCAAAGUCUUCACACCAACCAUCUAUUUCUAUUACUCCCUUACCAAGACAACCUGCGCCUAAUCAAGCAUCCCAACCCACUAAUUUAGCUAAUAAUAAAAAUUCUUUUGUUAUCUGUGAGAUUUGUGAUGGAUACAUUAAAGAUUUGGAGCAGUUAAGAAACCAUAUGCAAUGGAUACAUAAAGUGAAAAUUCAUCCAAAAAUGAUUUACAAUCGACCACCACUCAACUGUCAGAAAUGCCAAUUCAGGUUCUUCACUGAUCAAGGAUUCGAACGGCACUUGUUAGGAUCUCAUGGGCUGGUUACGAGUUCCAUGCAGGAAGCCGCUAAUAAAGGGAAGGAUGCUGGCAGAUGUCCCGUUUGUGGCAGGGUUUACCAAUGGAAGCUUUUGAACCAUGUGGCUCGUGACCACAACAUGACUUUAAAGCCAGGUCAUCUCUCAUACAAAUGUACUGUAUGUACAGCUACAUUUGGUAUGUAUAAACAAUUUGAAAACCACGUGUAUUCAGCACAUAGUGUGGUAGCAAAACGAGUCAUGGAUAAGAAUAAGACAGCCUCGCAGCCCUCUAAGACCAAUGAAACACUUAAACCAUUAAAAAUUAAUGAGGAGAUUACUAUAAUACCACAAUCAGUAAAAUCCACUGCAACGAAACCUGCCAAAGAUAAAUAAGGCCAAUUCCAAUGUGGGGGCCGGCAUCAACUGUAAUUAUAAACCGCAUACUUGCCUUUACCGCUUAGAACAGACAGACAUAUUUCCUAGUGUACAUUCCAAUUUUUUCGAAAGUAGUAACAUAUUCUUCUUCUAAUAAGAAGAAAGAUAUUUUUAGCAAUUAAUAUCAUUAAUAAAAUUUUAUGAUUAUAAUAGUAUUACAUAAGGAUAGAUAGGCCAACGAUGCCUCAGUACUUGAAAC